CUCAGGUAGUCGCGGCGCAAUUGGAAAUUCAUCGCAGUGUGCCUCAGUUUUCACACAAAAAAGCAAAGACGAGGGCGGAACUCAGAGGAUGAUCGUUCUGACGUCGACAUCGAAGUGCGGGGCGAAUAGCGCCGCAGGCCAUAUGGAUUUGCUCUGAACACGUGCGGCGAUGUAAAAUGCGAUGCCGCGUUUGAUCGAAACCGCUUCGUUUGACGGUGUGCCCUGCUUUAUUUAGCGAAACGUAAACGUUCGCUGUCUUUGAUCGUGCCUAGGUGCUGACCUCGGAAGUCUGGACGAACAAACCCCGCCGACAUGUCGCUUGGGAGUACGCUGGGCAUUCUUGACCUCUUUGAGAAGGAGGACCCCUUCCUCAAAGACUCCGGCGGCUUGUUCACCAGCGAUCUCCCGGACGCCGGAUUGUUGCCAGAACUGGAGAGCGAGAGCAUCGACUUCUGGACCAAGUAUCUGAUCGGUGACUCGACCUUGCCCUCACUGCACGAUGACGUGCCCGACUCCGUGCCAGACCUCGUGUCGGCGAUGUUGCCAGCGUCGCCAUCCCAGGAGCACAGCUACAGCCUGUCUCCUGAUGGCAGCGUGGCCAGCUUGCUGUCACCUCGGACAGGCCCGGGGUCCGACAGCUCGGAGUUCUCCUCCACAUUAGACGGCCAUCAGGAGGAAGCAAUGGAUUUUGAUGAUCCGUUGUACGUUGAUGUUGUCGGCUUAGAAGAGUAUGACAACAGUUCUGUUUCACCGUCCUCAGUUGUGGAAGAGUGUGUAUCGACAUCAUCACCCUUGGAUGACAUUGCUGCUGAUGUGAUUGUUGCUACUACGGAUGUGAAAGAUUGUGAGCCUGUGGUGAUUGUUGAUGACAUUGUUCUGCCUGACAUCUUGGAAGCCCCUGACAGUCCUGUAGCUCCCCAGAGCCCCUCUGCGAUGUCAUCAUGCAGUUCAACACACAGUUCCCCAAGUGCUGGAAGUCGUUCAAAUAAGAAGACAGAAGAAGUUUUACAGCUGACCGAGGAAGAGAAACGGCUCAUGCACAAAGAAGGCAUUGUCCUGCCGACAACAAUGCCCCUCACAAAGGCUGAAGAAAGGGAACUCAAAAAGAUUCGGAGAAAGAUUCGAAACAAGCAAUCAGCGCAGGACAGCCGAAAAAGAAAGAAAGAAUACGUCGACGGAUUAGAGAGCAGAGUUAAACAGUGCACAGCACAGAAUGCCCAGCUACAGAAGAAAGUAGAGCUGCUCGAAAAACAGAAUAACUCUCUGGUUCUUCAGCUCAAGCGUCUACAAGCGUUAGUCGCAAAUUCUUCUGGUCGCAGUGCACAAACAAGCACUUGCGUCAUGGUUUUACUGCUCUCCUUUGCCCUGUUGCUGUUCCCCAACCUGCGUACAAACUCCGGGGACAACCUCGAUCUCAUAUUGAAGUCGGCGUCAGAGAAACUGGCCCCGAUUUCAGGCAUGCAAUCUCUCCUGAAUUGCUGUUUAGGGCGUUCUCGUUCUCUGCUGUAUGCUUCGGAGCCAACGAGAGACUUCCACCAGGAGUACAGCGAUGCCGCCAAGGCUGCCGCCCAGUACAUCGAGGAGGACAUCGACGCCUCGGAUGACGAGGGCGUCUCGAUGGCGUCGGCAUCGCCUUCGUCACAGGCGUCCAAUUGGGCGCCGCCCUCAAGCAAGGGCCUAGGCUGGGGCUUAGACCUCAGCUUCAGCCUCUCCGGAGGCAAGCGCCAUUGGACGGCAGUGUCCGAGGACACUGAUCGCCCAGUGGGCACUGCCUCGACCAUACCGCCGGACAAGAGGGCUCGGCUCGGGAACUACAGUGCGCUGCCAUCUCACAACAACAGCCUGCACCACCAUCCAGUGGUGAUCCAGAUGCAGAGGCAGGCCUGACGACCUGACCUAGGAUCUGUGCAUGCACAAUUUCUGCUCAUUCGCUCUUUGGUCAGCUGAUCAUUUCCCUCUCACAUUUUUUUUCUUUCUCUUUCUUCUUAUUUCAUGAUUGGCAAGUGGAAGGCAACUAUUUCUCUUGUUUUUAGACUGUAUGCCUCUUUUCUUUCUCUCUCUCUUUAUUUUUCCCAUUAUCGGUCAUUACUUUGCCCUUUUCAGCUCUAACAUAUAUCAACUAGUAAAAGUCAAGCAUUGACUUCUCUUGAAUCAGUAAAACAAGAAAAGAAUGAAUUUGGUAGAGCUGCUCGGUGAUUGAGAGGGACGCCGUGCACGUAAGGUGAGGCUGCUUUUGCAGACUUGCCAGAAAUACCGGGAUAGUUGCCAUGAGCUUUGUGUAAAAAGUGCCCCCAGUGCACCCCUUUCUCUCUUCUCCCUGCCGCAUUUUUUUUUUGCCCCCUCCUUCACUGGGAGAGGUGUAUAACACAUUUUCUUUCUCAACCUUUCUCCCCCACCCCAGCCCCCACCAGGAGAGGUGUCUGGUUAUUGAGAUCAUUUUUCUAUUGUGUUCAGUUCAUUUACAACUCUUUUAUUUUCAUUAUUAUUUUUCUGCUAGUGUGCGUGUCGUAUGAGACGGGACAUGCACACUUCGCUGACAAGUUGACGAUCCAGACUGUUAAUGUUGGAAGUGUUGUUUGGCCUUAAGCCUGGGAGGUUAGGUAAGGACUGUUACGUAAUAGCAACACACCUGGCCUCUCUAACCAAGCAAGGAGUGUCGCGUUCUAGAGGAAAGAACAUUUUUUGAAAGUUUAUAAGUUGAUGCCUCGGUUGGCACGUGCUCACGGGUGUCCCAGGCAUCUCUCGAGAGAUUUUAGCAUCGGUCCCAUUGUGUCAUUCACCAUGUACCGCUUGCCACUGUUUGUGAUGUCUGCUAAGAUCCAAAGAGACCCCACCCCCUUUUGUCCUUUUUUUUUUUUUGCCUUGGUAAAUGUAAUUUGCAAUCAUUCCUCUCUCGUAUCUACACUGUCCUCUUCAUUUGCGGACCACACAGCUUUUUGUCGCAGACGGUAGCGUGUGUGCGUUUUGUUGUCACUGAGGUGCAGGGCUCUUUGCGCUGGCCCGUCUUUAUUGUUUUUUUUUCUUAACUGUUCUGCAGAUGGCUGUGUUUUUUACAACAUCUGCAAUAUAUUUACAAGGAACAUACUGCUUAUAUACAUUAUAUUUUUGUCACAUGUCGUAUGUCACUGAUGGCAGGGUGCUUGACUAACCUCUCUGUACACCUCCCCUUUACCUGGUGUGUGGUGGUCCUCUAUUUUUUUUUUUUUUUUACUUCGAUUGCCUCCCCUUAGAGUGGAUGAUGACUUGAUUAUCAUUGGCAUGAAUGAUUCAGAGAGAAUGCAUAGACACCACAUUGGCAUCGUAUAGGUGUUUGAAAUAAAUCCUCCAUGAAAUUGUGA